AUGACGGUCCUGUCACUCUUAUCGCUACCUUUGGUCGCGCUACUUCUCUCAUUUUGCAGUUCUACAGUCGUCGCAUCCUCAGACUACCAUGAAAACCUCCUAUUACACCCUCUCCCGCAGUCCGCCCUGCUAGCUUCAUUCAACUUCCGAAGUAACACGUCGCAAGAAUCAUUCGACCAGCAGCACUUCAGAUACCUACCCCGUGCACUGGGUCAGAUCCUCCAGCAUGCACAAACGAAGGAGCUGCAUCUCCGCUUCACAACGGGAAGGUGGGAUGCCGAAAGCUGGGGCCCACGGCCCUGGAAUGGCAGCAAAGAAGGAGGUACAGGCGUGGAACUCUGGGCAUGGAUUGAUGCGCCAAAUGAUGAUGAGGCAUUUGCCAAGUGGAUUACUCUGACACAGUCCCUCUCUGGCCUGUUCUGCGCUUCCUUAAACUUCGUGGAUUCAACCCGGACCACUCGACCAGUUGUUUCCUUUGAACCCUUUGGAGACCACCCGGAGGUUGAUCAACUACAUCUCUUGCACGGAACUCUUCCCGGAGAGGUGGUCUGCACAGAGAACCUCACACCAUUCUUGAAGCUUCUCCCGUGCAAGGGAAAGGCAGGAAUAUCGAGUCUUUUAGAUGGGCACAAAUUGUUUGAUGCCGCAUGGCAAAGUAUGUCGGUCGACAUUCAGCCGGUGUGCUCUCCCGAAGGGGAUUGUGUAGUCCAGAUCGAGCAAACUGUAGACAUGGUUCUGGACAUUGACCGCUCCAAGCGCUCUCGAUCCAAUCCCAUUCCGCGACCUGUGCCUAAUGAUGAAUUGGUCUGUGACACAUCCAAGCCUUACCACUCCGGUGAUACUUGCUAUCCACUGGGGAAAACAAACGACAAAGCAUGGAGCCUGGGUCAGGUCUUUGGGCGGAAUAUUGACGGAAUCUGCCCAUUAGCAGACACUGAAGGGUCCCACGAAGAGAGUGUUUGCCUUCAAGUUCCCCACGAACGAGGCGUUUACAUCUCUCAAGGGGCCCAGGAGAUCAAAAAAGAGGAUGGAUUCACCCGCUGCUUCAAGCUUGCGCCAUCAACUCCUUUUGAUCUUUCAAUCCCACAGCAGACAGUGAACGUAGAAGUCCCACUGGAUGAGCCUGUUCUCCACGCCGAGCGCACCAUCGUCGGAAAUGGCCAGGAGCGCGGUGGAAUGCGCAUUAUAUUCAGCAAUCCCUCCAAUGCCAGCGCAGUGGACUUCAUCUACUUUGAGACUCUCCCGUGGUUCCUACGUCCGUACAUCCACACCCUGCGUGCGACAAUCACUGGACGCGAUGGAGUCUCGCGCGAGCUUCCGGCAUCCGAAAUCGUCAAAGAGACCUACUACCGCCCUGCGAUUGACCGUGAGCGCGGAACACAACUGGAGCUAUCACUCUCCGUCCCCGCUGCGUCAACCGUUACAUUGACAUAUGAUUUCGAGAAAGCCAUUCUCCGAUACACCGAAUACCCACCCGAUGCCAAUCGGGGCUUCAACGUUGCCCCUGCGGUCAUUCGCAUUGUGGACAAUGUCCACCACGCACCCAUUUACAUCCGUUCCACGAGUCUCCUUCUGCAACUCCCCGUUCCGGAUUUCAGCAUGCCUUACAACGUGAUCAUUCUCACUAGUACGGUUAUUGCCCUUGCAUUUGGCACGAUUUUCAACAUCCUCAUUCGGCGGGUGGUUUCUCUAGAUCAGGCAUCCGCUUUGGGGGCUACCACCUUGAAGGGCCGGAUAGUGAGUAAAGUGGUGGCCAUUCAAGACCGGUUCCGUGGUAAGGCAACGAAGGUCGAGUAG